AUGCUCGAUCCGUUUCCUUUCCCUCCACCGGCGGGGUUGGUGUCAUACAUCGAGCCCAUUGCCGACAAACUCGCCCUCAAGACGCUCCCGUACCAUUUCCACGAGGUCGUGUUUGCCUUUACACUCUAUCACAUCACAAACAAGUACCUGUCACCAGCGUUCUCUCGCUUCUUCUUCCCCCGGAUAUACCCUACCUUCAACGCGCGAACAAAGCUGAACUGGGAUGUCCACAUUGUUUCUUUCGUGCAGAGCACGCUCAUUAACAUCCUGGCCCUCUGGGUGAUCUUCACCGAUGACGUUCGGACCGAGAUGAGCUGGCAGGAUAGAGUGUUUGGUUAUACCGGUGCUGGGGGCUUGAUUCAAGGCUUUGCUACGGGAUACUUCGUUUGGGACCUUUUCAUCACGCUCCAGAACGUGACCGUAUUUGGCCCAGGCAUGCUUGCGCAUGCUGUAUCCGCCUUGUUUGUGUUCUCGCUUGGAUUCGUGAGUAAACCCUAUCAUUACAAAUGUCCCAGGCAGGAGUGCAGACCGACACGACCUUUCGUUAACUUCUACGCCCCGACUUUCAUCCUCUACGAACUCUCCUCUCCAUUUCUCAACAUUCACUGGUUUUGCGAUAAGCUCAACCUUACUGGAUCUAAGAUCCAGCUGUAUAACGGCAUCUUCUUGCUCGUCACCUUCUUUUCUUGCCGUCUUGUCUGGGGAAGCUAUCAGUCCGUCCGUGUGUUCACGGAUGUGUACCGCGCCAUGACCAUGGAGCCGGGCACCCUUCAGAAUGUCAAGUUCAACAAUGAAACAAGCGCUGAUGGAAGCCUCAUCCCGGACAAUGACAUCAUGCGGUUUGCUGGGGAAGGACAGGUCCCUUUUUGGCUUGCGGGCUGCUACCUAGCUAGCAAUCUUACCCUCAACGGCCUCAAUUGGUUCUGGUUCGGUAAGAUGAUUGCAACAAUCAGGAAACGAUUCGACCCGCCCCUCGGUACGAGGAAGGCCGAGGAAGCUGCAGCGGCGCUACCGGAGGAGGAGAAGGUCUUGGUGGAGGGUAUUCAUGUGGAGACCCCGGGUGUGGAGGAGCUAAACGGUGGAGACUACCUAGGCAGCAAGCAGAUCGAUGUGCAGAAAGGCAAGAAGCAUCUAGAGGUGCAGGCCAAUGAAGUUAGGAGCCGAAGCACCAGAAGGAAGGGAUGAUAGGUUCAUCUAUCAGCCAUACCGAGCGUAGGAAUCCGCUCCAAGCCAGCAUCGAGUUCUACCAAGACCCUGUCUCUAAUCUCGCACGCUGCCACCUUCUACCCCGCUGGCCGUCGAUGCUCCCUUCACGAAAGAGGCGACGAUACGCACUAUUUCCACGAAGAUGAUGUUCCUAGAUAUUGGAGCAACAGUUCCAAGCUUGCUGAGCCAUAGUUCAAACAGUAGUUUAGGUGUUGAGGGUCUUAAGAAGGUCAGGUUUUGAUCAGAGUGACCAGACAGAUAAUAUGCAAUAUAAUGCCCAGUCAAUUUUCCUUUUUG